GUUAGCUCCUGCCAAGGAACUAGCAAGCUACGGAAAAGGCGAAAUAGUCGCUGAGAGGAGCAAGAAAUCCUCCACCUGCCGCUAUGUUCAGUGAUGUAGAGACAAAGGACUGAGUUGCUCUUUAAUAAACAAGGACCCAUGACCCUGACACGAGGUUCCUUCAGCUACUCCAACGGUGAGGAGUACCAUGGUGAAUGGAAAGAAGGUCUGCGUCACGGCCUGGGUCAGCUGACCUUCAGCGAUGGAAUGUGUUACACGGGACAGUUUGAGAAUGGACUCUUCAAUGGGUGUGGGGUGCUUGUCUUCCCCGACAGCUCCAGGUAUGAAGGGGAAUUUGUGCAGGGCAAAUUUCAAGGUUCUGGCGUCUUCACUCGCUAUGAUGGGAUGAGGUUCGAGGGCGAGUUUAAAGGCGGCUGUGUUGAUGGAUACGGAGUGCUGACGUUUUCUGACGGAGGCCCCGGCGGCGUCAGCCAUGAGGGCCUGUUUGAGACCAACCAGCUGAUGAGGAGAGAGAACAGCCAGGGAGCCUUGCAGAGGGCACAGGCAGCAGCCGCCAAGGCCCGAGCUCUGGCCAUGUGAACAGGACUACAUUACCCACAGUGCCCCACCACCAGAACCAUCCUCCUCCCAUCAGACUUCUUCAGGUUUUUCUUGGUUUUCUUGCAUCCAGUUUCUGUGACUGCAUAUCACCAAACCUCCUUUUAAACGUUUGCUGUAUUUGUACAUUUCCAGGCAGAUGUUUUCUGUCUUAUUUCAUUUUUCUGACCUUUAACUUGCAGUAUUCUUUGGAGUACCAAUCAAAGGGGUCUAGUAGGCCACGUCUACUCUAUGUAACACUCUAUUUUUGCGUCUGAUGAGAAAGCCACUGAUUCAGGAUCAGCCGAGCCAACCCCAGUUUAAGUGUUCAGUUCUAACGACGGUGCUAAAUCUGUGUCAGGCUCAGUUAUAUAGCUCUAUUUAAAAGUGCAUCUAGGUGUUUCCAGUAAGCACUGAUUUGUUUAUCUUAUGACAAGAAACGUCCAGACAUCAAGGAUUAAACUUUGAUUAUUUGGGCCAAAACAUUUUAAGGUUUAUGAAAGCUGAAUCUUGAAAGCUGGAAGAUUUCUGGUUUCCUUGGUCAAUCAUUCAAUCUUUCUACUUAGGUGCAGCGUCCAACAUCUGCAAGUAAUUUAAAGAAUAAAUGAGCUAAACUCAAAGAAUUAAAGUGGAUCUAUAAUUAUCUAUUGUAGCCUUAAUAGGAAGAACUUUUUAAAGAAAGCCUCAUUAACGUUAACAACCUGAAGCUAAAACCAGCAAAUGAGAAAACCUGCAGAGGGCAUUGAUGGAUUUUCUCUUUAUUUGUAUUUAUACCCAUGGACAGUAGUAAUGUGCCAUCAUUCAGGUUCCAGUGAUAAAUAUCUAUGUUGAGUUAUAAUUCUGACCUACACAAUAAUGUGUGCUUCUAUAUCGGACUGUGUUACCUUAACUAACUGUAAGAAAGGAAUAAAACCGACUUUAAAUCAAACAUGAUGGAAACAGAUGCUGCCGUGAACAGUCGUUAAAGAUGUAACAGGGAGGCCGUGAUAUGAGACUGAUUUAUGAUUUACGGCUAAAGUUGAGUGGGAACGUUUUUUGAUUGGUUACACUGAAUUUGUUAGAAGAUAUCAUCUUCAAGAUAAACGGUCGGACUGUUCGAAAGUGAAGGCUGAUAUAAACUACCUGAUGUGUCAUUAGGAUGUUUGAACCCUCCAGUCAAAGUGAAAUGAUAUCUUUAAAAAUGGUAUUAGUCAUUUCCAAGGCCAUUUCCCAGAAAAAAAAAGUAUGUCAUCUAGAACUAAUUAAUUUAGUGAUGCACACUGAAUGAUUUCACCUUCAAUUAAUGAAUUCCAAUUAGUGCCAACAUUCCUGAUCUGAAUUUAGGGUGUAGAAGCAUUUUCAGGCAAAGUUAUGAAUACAGAUUCUGGGCUGUGUACUAGACAAAUGUCUUAACCUUGACUGACUGAGUCUUUACAGCAACAAUCAUCUACUCUUUGACAAAAUGAGUACAAAACUUUAUAAACAAAAAGCCUUCGAUGCAACACAAAUGUUUGUAAUAAUUUAAUGAUGGAACUGUUGAAGUGACGAGGUGUAAUGCUUACUUAUUGCUAGCUUCUAGACAUUAAGACUUUAACUAAAGUAACAGAACUUUAUCUCCAUGUUUCCCUGUGUUUAGUAGGAAACUAAAUCAUCAUUUCCAUGACUUCAUUGAAAAGUGUUGAACAGCUUUAAAUUUAAAUGUUAUUUAAGUCUCCUUUUAAACACAUUUUGCCAAAUUUAAACUUCAAAAUCAGAGUUUUUUAUUUUGAAUCACUCAAAUGACCAAAUCAGUGCUAACUGUACUUCCUGCCUUCCUGUUGAAGGGUGCAUUAGUUCUGACUUCUGAACCCUCAUUGGUGCUCUGGUAUUUAAAAAUCAACGGUUUACUAUGAGCCAGCAGACUGUCAGAAGGGUGUCGAUCUUGGCUAACGUAAAUGUGAGCGGUAUCUUUCUUUUUUUUUUUUUUUUUUUUUCUUCACGCAGUGCCGUUACAGCCAAUCUGAUCUCAGAUCAGUGGACAAAUCUUCCCUCAGUGCCAAACACACAGUGCCAACAGGCUGGAGCUGAUCCAGAAUCAGUGGCUAGACAUCAGAAGGGAAGGGUGGAGGGGAGUGCGACGUCUGCAGUGUUACAGGCUGCAUUAAUGAGUGCAAUUUCUGUUUUGGAGGUGCAAUUUGAUAAUGUUCCAUUUUCAGCCUGUAAGCAAGAUAUUCUGUACUUCAGGUUUCAGAGUCAGAGAAGAGGAGAAUCUGGUGGCUCUCUCUGCACAGAAAGCAUCAUCUAAUAGAAGAGAGCGGUCUGAACUGAAAGGGUUUCAUUCCAUAAAUGCAUGCAAAGGACCUCAUAUCCAAGUGAUUUAUUCAAAUAUCUUAAAAAGCAAGAAGAGUCCGAAGAGAAUUUUUUAUCAGGUAUCCAUAACACGCUUAACCAAACAAAGCUAAAGAUAACUUCACAUUGUCUUUUGUAUCUUUUUGAACUGAAAACCUUUUCUUCACUGUUUUGGUUUCCUUUCUCUCCUUUUCACGUCCCUGAAAAUGAUGUCACUGUGUGCGUUCAGUGUUUGCGUGUAACUCACCAAAGUUCCUCUCCCCUCGAAAGAAAAAGGAAAAAAAAAAAAAAAAAAAAAAGAGUGUAAGCAUCACUGUUAAGCUUAAAUUGUGAUAACUAACACAUAAUUCAUAGUGCAUUGUGCCUGCUGGGAAUCAGCAUCUGUCUGUGUAAUGAGAUCGGUGUGUAGAUGUGUCACAUGUGCAUGUGUAGUUGUACUGUAAGAGGGUGGGUGGGUGGGUAGGUGGGGUAUUAAAUGGGAGUUAAUUGCCGGUUAUGUGAUUAUCUCAGAGUGCGAUUAAUUUAGGAUGUGGUUCGGGGGCCUGAUGUGUUCCCCACUGACCAGUUUGACAGCGAGCGACGUGAAGAACAGUGGGACUGACGGAGGAAUCUCACACCUCUUAAUUGGCUCUGGGAUUGGAGCAGAGACACUGUUUAAUGGUGCUGACUGUUGCCUUUAGCUGAAGUGGAAUCUGAAAUGAUCUGUCAGUUUUGGACGCCAUGUUAUCAUGCAAAAACCUUGUGACCUUGUAUUUUGUGAUUGUUCUUUAUGUGUUGUACAUAUGUCCUUAUGAUCCCAUGUUCCUUACCACUAAAAACAACACUUAGGGAUCACAAAACCCUUUAAAAAAAAAAAAAUGCACCUUAAAAAUCUCAACUUGAAAUGUUGCCGUUUGAUAUUAACACAACAGGUUUCCAGCAGAUGUCAUGUGUUAAACACUGUCUGUAGUUGUUAUGGCUGAUUUAAUAUUUCACUGUGAAGGGUCUCCAUUCAUGACAAACGAGUUUGUAGUUGAAAUCCACCCUAAAACAGAAUAAAGAAACGUCCCUCCACCUCAGGGACUCAAGUAAAAACUCACUCUGACUACAA